AUGGAUGGUUAUAGUGAAGAUGAAAUAUCUUCUAGAGAAUCACAACAAAGUUCAGAAAACGAAGGAGAAGUACAUGAACGCUCGCCUAUUUCAGACGAAGAACCUGUCAUUGAUGAAGCCGGACCCUCUUCUUCCUCUUUUACCAUCAAUGAACAUACCAACAACAACACAACCACUUCGAUUUCUAAACUUCAACCUUUUGCCGACACUUGUAAAAGUUAUGAAAUAGUACCUUAUGUGGCUGCAAUACACGCAUGUCAUGUUCAUGCUCUUGAUGUUACAAAAAAUAUGCGUUGGGUUUUUACUGGAGGCGAUGAUGGGUUCAUAAGGAAAUAUGAUUUUUUUGCCUCAAUGAGUGGUAAAACAUUAUUAACACAAAAUCAGAAACAUACUCAAGUCGAGUCUGUCCAAAAGGCAGGGGUUAUUGUGUCAUAUUGGGAAAAUGAAGAGCAACCACCUCCAACUCCUAAAUCAGAAGGUACAUCACAAAAUAUAUCAGAACCGUCUUCAUCCGAAAUAAAAUUAUCAUCAGUUUACAGCAUAGCAGUACAAUCAGAAGCAAUUUGGUUGUUAAGUGGAUUAGAGAGUGGCUCUAUAAAUUUAUACACUGUUAGGCAUGAAGAAGGUAGAUGUCAUCAUGUUUUAAGACAUCAUAAAGCACCUGUAUCAGUAUUGAAAAUAACCCAAGAAGAAACUGGAUGUGUUAGUGGUUCAUGGGACAAAACUGUAUUAUAUUGGGAUCUUAAUACCGGUCAAGUGGAACGUGAAUUUUCAGGUCAUAGUUCGCAAAUAAGUUCUAUUUCAUUUCGUCCAAUAAUUCCAUCAUCUUCUCAACUAUCAUCACCACAAAAUUCACCAACUCCAUAUGACGGUCCAGAAGAAACAUUAACUAAUUCUAAUGAUAUUUUGCUAACUACAAGUAUUGAUGGUAACUGCUUUGUUUGGGAUAGGAGAGCAAAUAAUUUAAUACCUAGAAAAAUGCCUCCACCUGAAAAAACGCCUCCAUGGUGUUUAUCUGUAAGCAUGGAUGAAUGGGAUUUUCUUUCAGGAAAAUUUAUAAGAUCAUUAAAGAUGCCAAGUAAUUCCGGUCCUGUGUCUUAUGUAUUAAGUAUGCCUAAUGGAAAACAUAUAGUAUGUGCUUCUACUGAUAAUAUUAGAUUAUGGAAUGUUUUUCCAGAUGAAUAUGAAAUAUCUAAAAGUGCUGUACCAUUUUUAAUUAUACCAGGACAUCACGUGGUUGAUCAAACGUGUCGUUAUAUGAUCACAACUUCAGGAAAUAGAGGAUGGGAAGGUGGAACUACUGAAUGUGCAUUGUUUUAUGAUAUCACUCCAUCAUAA